UUCUCAUUUUGCGCUCUCCACCCUCUCUCGGUGCUCGCUUUCCCCUAGCUCUCCCUCUCCGCGUUUACGUUGAAAAAAAAUCAAGAAGCUUGCAUAAACAAAAACAAGAGAGCGGAGAAACCAAAACCACCACAACUCUCUCUCUUCUUUUCAUUUCUUCUCUGGGUGUUUCGGAAGCGAAAGAGAGAAAAUGGCUUUGAGGCUGAACCAAAUAACCUUCCCAUCAAUCCACAACCUUCCUUCUCAAUCUCGCUCUAUGAGAUCUCCUCAUAGAGUUCUCAUGGCCUCUACAUUGAAUUCCAUUUCCACCAAAGAGGUUCAGAAUCUAAAGAAGAAGCCUAAUUGUCCUCCACAAGAGGUACAUGUUCAAGUGACCCAUUCCAUGCCUCCGCAAAAGCUGGAGAUUUUCAAAUCCAUGGAAAAUUGGGCAGAGGAGAACCUCUUAGUGCUCCUAAAACCUGUUGAGAGUUGUUGGCAGCCACAAGAUUUCCUUCCAGAACCCGAGUCAGAUGGAUUUUAUGAGCAAGUUAAGGAAUUGAGGGAAAGAGCAAGGGAACUCCCUGAUGACUAUUUUGUUGUGCUGGUUGGAGAUAUGAUUACUGAGGAAGCCCUCCCAACUUACCAGACAAUGCUUAACACCCUUGAUGGUGGUAUUAGGGAUGAGACUGGUGCAAGCCUUACUCCUUGGGCAAUUUGGACAAGGGCAUGGACAGCUGAAGAAAAUAGACAUGGUGACCUUCUCAACAAGUAUCUUUACCUCUCUGGAAGAGUAGACAUGAAGCAUAUUGAGAAAACAAUUCAGUAUCUUAUUGGGUCAGGAAUGGAUCCUAAAACAGAAAACAACCCCUACCUUGGUUUCAUUUACACUUCAUUUCAAGAGCGUGCUACAUUCAUCUCACAUGGGAACACAGCUAGACUAGCGAAGGAGCAUGGGGAUAUGAAACUGGCACAGAUAUGUGGCAUCAUUGCCGCUGAUGAGAAACGCCACGAAACUGCUUACACCAAGAUUGUGGAGAAGCUCUUUGAGAUUGAUCCAGAUGCCACCAUCUUGGCGUUAGCUGACAUGAUGAGGAAAAAGAUCUCAAUGCCAGCUCACUUGAUGUUUGAUGGUGAGGAUGAUAACCUUUUUGAGAAUUACUCAGCUGUUGCCCAGCGGAUCGGGGUCUACACUGCCAAGGACUACGCAGAUAUUCUGGAAUUUCUUGUAGGGCGAUGGAAAGUAGAGAAGCUGACCGGGCUUUCUGGUGAGGGACGUAAAGCACAGGAUUUUGUAUGUGGAUUGCCUCCAAGAAUUAGAAGGCUGGAGGAGAGAGCUCAGGGUAGGGUCAAGCAAGCAUCCUCCGCGCCAUUCAGCUGGGUUUUUGGUAGAGAAUUGAAGCUCUGAGCUCAUAGAACUACUCUCUGCUACCCACCAUCUCAUCUCAUUGAUUUAAGACUAAUACACGGCAAGUGCCUCUCAGGUUUAGCUCUGUUUUGAUGGACUCUGGUGUGGAGUGAUAAGUUGGUACUGAUGCUGCACGGUGAAAGCAUUGUAGAUACAUGUUUUCUUGCAUCGGUUAACAGUAGUUUCCUGUUAUCGAGGGUAAGCUA